CGGCUUAUGGUUGGAGUUUCAGCUGUUCCAAGUCACUCUAUAAGUUAGUAUCUUACAUAGUAGGAUAGUAGACUGCUUUGGUGGCUGGCUUACUGGUGGCUCGUUUUCGUAUAGCGAACAGACCGCAGACAGAGUACGGACAGUCGCGGACCGCGGGCAAUCAAAUUUAAUUCUCAGACUGGCUUUGUUAUAAGUUAUAAGACUGCAAUGGAACCAGUCUAGCGACGGGUAUUGGUCGAUCAAGUUGGCUUUGGCGGUGUUUUAUGUUAACGCACUCACGGUGUUAAGUGAAUAAAUCAUUGGGUUAUUUGGUCGCCCUUCGGAAUACCAGAAAAGUCGUUAUUCUCCCACAUUUUGGUCACCGAGGAAAGAUAGUGUUCUGCGUGGAAGUCGUUGGAGUAUUCCCAGAAAAAUCGGUUACCUUGAAAGAAUAAAUUCAAAUUGAUGCGGUAUUGUCUCGGGGUCCGAAAAAUUUAAAUAUUGCUGAAAACAGAGAGUUCCCAGCACUUGAUGAUCUUUUUGCCAACUGAAACGGAAAGAAUGUGUUUUCAAGGUGAUUCGGCAACCAGUUGCGAGUAUUUCAUGAAAGUGUGUUAAAAUUUUAUUACAGUCCAUGUAAAAUAUUAAUUCAUAUCAGUCCGACAAAAAAAGUUAAAAAAAAGGUUUUCAAUUACGAAAAUAUAUUGUGGUUUGUGUCGUUACGAAUAGUGUUUGUGCCCCUCAGCAGCGUCAUCCAUGUUGGAAGCAAGCCGCCACUCUACGAGCAACUGGGAGUCAUAGUUCAAACUUUCAGCAGAUAAUCAAUCCAAAUCAAUUACUUUUGAAUCUGAAUCAUUAUUUGCAACUAUUGUAACUUUGGUAUUAGCAGCGCCUCCAGCUACAUCACGUAGCCGGAUUAGAUAAGACAUGCUUGAAAGUUCAAAAUUUUACUGGUUGGUGGCACUAUCGAUAUUAUUGGGGGAUUGGUGUUUUGGUGGAAGUCAUGAGUCGCAACUGCGUAUCGGGAAAUCAGUCAAUAUUUUCGUACGAUAUGGUUACCUGAGCAUAUCGAUGCGGGUCAUAUCGAAUAAUGACACUGAGGAAUGGUUGUUCAAGGAGCCGACGAGAAGUAUUUAUAAGAAUAUGGAAUCACUAACAGACACCAAAGAAGAGAACGCUCCCGGCGUACUGCACGGAGACUUUCACAUGGAAUUCUGUGAUAAUCGUCGCCAACUCUAUCAAGCAUAUUUUCGGGAUUUUCAAAUUGAAAAUUUAGAAAAGCCAUGGGAAGCGUUCACAGGGGGCUGGCAUCCUGAUCUCGCUGCAAAGAAGUUAGGCAUAAAUGCUUCAUAUGUUCGAGGUGACUUUGCCUAUAUUCUAGUUCGAAUGGCAAGAUUCCGUGAAAGCGGGAAGCUGAGGAGACCAAUACCAGUUAAUCAACCCUUCGAAGAGGAUGUAGCCCAACGAAUCCGGGAGAUGAAAGUGGGAAAUACGACCGCAGCUGUGAAGUUCAUUGAUAUGUAUGGGACUCAUUAUAUUAGCUCCUACGUAACUGGAAAUUCUUUGUAUCAGGUAUUUGUAUUCAACAAAAUGAACUACCAGGUAAUCAAAGAGCGUUUAAAAACACGGGGAAUAUCAGCACUAUCGCGACUGGAUCUCUACAACUUCUUUGCUCCUUGGUAUGCCGAGCACUUAGGGAAUAUUUUGGUAGCAAGUGGGAAUACCACUGUAGAAAAAUGGGCACGGCGGAAACUUCAAUAUCAAUACUACGUUUUCAAAUACGCAACUUUAUUAAAAUUAUACGGAAAUGGGACUCUACUACGAGCGCUGGAUGACCUACUCGGGAACGAGGCAAUUUUACAACUAGAACUGAAAUCCUUAAACACAAUAUUCCGGGAACCUGAAAAACGAAAGUGGUUCCACGAACUUCUUGAUAAUUACAUGAAACUGUGGGAGGUGAAUAUGGCGCAAAAUUGAUGACUAACUUUACUUUAGGAUUACAGAUAAAGUUCCUAUGAUGUGUAGCAAUGGCUGGGUCAAAAGGGAAGGACGGAAUUAGCGGACUCUCCAAACGUCACAGAAGAAGAUUCUAUUCUAAGCAUGCUAAGGACGAUGAAGUGAGCCAAACAAUAUGUGCCAAGUGAUUUUGAAACUUGUUUCUAAAACUAUCUCGAUUUGUAAUUCAGAUUAUAUUAUUUACACAAUCUGUGAUAGUAGUGCGCGCAAUGUUAAAAUAUUGUGUGUUUCUAUUUUAAUGCAAACAAACUGUAGUUUGAACUUAAGUCGUUCACGUUAGGCUAUUAAUGUCGUACGAGGUCAAAUAAUUAUUGUAAUUAAGUUAGUAAAAUAAUAUGAUUUAAUGAUGUAGUAAUACCUCUGCACACUUUUCAUUAUAAGUUGAAAUAAAAAUAAA